CGUAAGGAUAUCCUCAGCCUUCAGGCUGCCGUCGCUGCCGACCAAAAUCAUUCCUUCUUUUGUGAUAUGGCUAGCGUCGACCUCGAAACCGCGAUCAAACAAGAGGAGGAAUACCUACGCAAGGUUCAUCCUACCGUGGACAAUGUUCCGGGGUGCAUGACCUUGUUUGAUGAAUUUUUGCAAUGUCACGUUCUGGGGACUCAAAUAAAAUCUUUAUACAGAUACGGCCAAAUGUCAGAGUGUGGGGUUAAAAAAGAAGACUUCAAAUUUUGUAUGAGCUUGAAAUUCAUGCACCCAGAACAGAAACGGGACGCUUGGAUUCGCCGCCGUGCCGAGUGGUGGGCUCACAGACGGCUCGGAAAGAGCAGCGAGAAUGUGUGGGAUAUGAGGAAGGGUCCCCUCCCAGACUGGCCCCCAGCCCUUUCGGACAAUGUCCCAGAGAACGUUGAAACCAUUUCGUGAACGAUCAGAAUGAUUUAUCCUGCAGACUCUUUUUAUAGGGGAGUUCGACAGCCCUGUUAUAUUUCUAAUCCAUAUGUGCAUGGCGGCGCCGGUCUGUCUUAGGCAGGACGCAGCCUUUGGCCUUCAAACACAAUGUCCUUCUCUCGAGGGAAUAAGCUGCACUCUGUUGAGCUCAUAUCGCACCUACUUCAUUCAUCCUUCCUGCGCAUGAUACACUCGACUUAUUUGCAUAAUUGUGCGUUGACAGUUGAAGCUCUCCUGAGCACUGAAGCCAACUUUCCGGAUGUUAGGAAGACUUGACUGUGACUGGAAUAUCGCAUGUUCUUUGAACUAUCCCAGGAAAGGAGCCGCUGCUUUUCGCU